AUGAUUCCCAAGCCUUCCAUUGCUGGGCAGCUCGCCCUCCUCGCUUCGGUGGCCACUGUCACUGCUGCGCCAGCACCAGGCCUCGGCAUCGACAUUGACGCUACGCCUCACGUCUUUUCUCGUGCCGUCAACCCUCCCACCGCGCUGCCCCAGAGCGCCACGGCCAACGACCUUCGGUGGCAGCCAGUGCUUGACUUUGACACGGACGGCUGUUACAACGUCCCUGCCAUCGACGCGGCAGGUUACGUUGCCGAGGGCCUCGAACACAACUGGGCGGAUCUCGCUUCCGACUGCAGGGACAUGUCGGAUCUGGACAACAAUAAUGUGUACUCCCGCCAACGCUGCAACAACGGCUGGUGCAUCUACAUGUACGGCUACUACUUUGAAAAGGACGUGGCCAUCCCCAACUUCUGGGACCCGGGCCACCGGCAUGACUGGGAGCACAUUGUCGUCUGGGUCAACGGGAGUGGUGCUCAGUACGUCGCCGCGAGCCAGCACGGUGGCUGGGAACUUCGGCCUGCCAGCGAGGUGCGGUGGGAGGGCGAGCAUCCCAAGAUUGUCUACCACAAGGACGGGCCGGCAACGCAUUGCUUCCGCUUUGCGACUACGGGGGACGACAACGUCGCGAACCACAAGGGCUACUGGUUUCGCGGCUCGCUGGUGAGCUACAACGGGUUCCCGGGCAACACGCGGGAGAAACUGUUCAGCCACGACUUUGGCAAGGCCACCAUUGGCUUCAAGGACUCUACCUUUGAGUCGCAUAUCGAAAAGGCGAUUCCGAGCGGCGUGACGUUUGAUAGUGGUCGUGAUGAAGGUUCUCCUGGAUAUCCUUAG